AUGGGGAAGAUUCUCAAAAAGCGGAGCGUGGCGGACAAAGUUCGCAAACUUAAAGCCUCUGCUGAGAUCAAGAACAACCCUUUUGAAGUGAAAAUUAACCGCAAGAAGUUUGAUGUGCUGGGGAGGAAAGGCAAGCACGAUGUUGGCCUCCCUGGAGUGUCUCGCUCCAAAGCCAUCAACAAGAGGAAGGAGACCCUUUUGAAGGAGUACAAGCAGAAGAAUAAGAGCAACAAGUUCAUAGACAGGCGUAUCGGUGAGUACGACUCCAAAAUGGCGCCAGAAGAAAAGAUCCUGCAGAGGUUUGCCAUGGAGAGACAGCGCACCCAUGACAAGAAGGAUAUGUACAAUCUGAACGAGGAGGAGGAGCUGACUCAUUAUGGGCAAUCUCUGUCCGAAAUGGACAAGUUUACAGACAUGGUGAACAGCGACGACGAAUCGGAUGAGAAAGGGCUUUUGUCAGCUGAGUUGACAGCCUCUCACUUUGGCGGUGGGGGCCUCCUCAGAAAAAAGACUUCCGGAGAGAAUGCCGAUGACGAGGGCGGUCCUAAAGCCAAAUCCAGACAGGAGCUUAUUGAGGAGCUCAUUCACAAGUCCAAACAGGAGAAGAGGGAGCGUCAGGUGCUAAAGGAGGAGGCACAAGUGCUGACGGAGAAGCUAGAUGAGGAAUGGAAGAGCAUUCAGGCAAUGAUGGUGCGAAAGAAGCCCAAAGGUCAGCGGGAACAGACGUCAGAGGAGAAACCAAAGCUGGACGAGUAUGACAAGAUGGUUAGGGAGCUGGGCUUCGAGAUGAAGGCUCAGCCAUCAGAGAAGAUGAAGACCUCUGAGGAGAUCGCCAAGGAGGAGCAGGCGAAGCUGCAGAAACUAGAGGCGGAUCGACUGAGGAGGAUGUUGGGCGAUGAAGUAACAGAAGGCGCGCCGACUCGGACUCACAUGUCGGCUGACGACCUCAACGACGGAUUCAUUCUUGACAAAGAUGACAUGAAAACUCUGGCUUAUCAGGAUGGCAAAUGGAACCUUGAGGAAGAAGAAGAUGCAGAAAAAAGUGAAGAGGAAGAAUCUGAGGGAGGCGAGGAGGCGGACGAAGAAGAAGAAGAGGAGGAGGAAAAUGAGGAUGGUAGUGCCAACGAGGAAGGGAAUGAGGAGGAGGAAGAGAAUGGAGAUUCAGACUUGGCAUCAGAACAAGAAAGCGAGGAAGAGGAGGAGGCUAAAGAAAUGAAGAGCCAAGAGGAGAGGAAGGCCCAGCAGGAAGCAGCCAAAGCUGAGCUUCCAUACACCUUUACUGUUCCAGAAAGCUCCCAAGACCUUGAAAAGCUACUUCGUGGUCAUAGCCCUGACAACCAGCGCCUCAUCGUGGCCCGAACUCAGAAGUGCAACCACCCUAGCCUGGCUGUGGGAAAUAAGAUCAAACUGCAGAAACUGGUGGGUUUUCUGUUGGAGUACCUGGGAGAACUGGCAUCUCGGAAUCCGCCUGAACUCACAACUGUCGACAAGCUUAUUCCAGAGGUGUACAGCCUGUGUCAAAUGUUUCCGGAAGCAACCUGUAAGUCCAUGCAGACAAUCAUUGGAGAUGCUGCUCACAGCAUGGAAGAAGUGCUAGAAGUCAAAGGCAAUGCUGCUUUCCCAACACUUGACAUGCUAAUUUAUCUGAAGGUGGCGGCAUUGCUGUUUCCCACAUCUGACUUCCGACAUCCUGUCACGACACCAGCACUGCUUUAUAUUGGUCAAGCCCUCACAAAGUGUCCAGUGAGAUCAUUAGAGAACGUGACGUCGGGUUUAGUUUUGUGCUGUCUGGCAGUGGACUACAUCUCCUUUUCCAAGCGUUUCCUGCCUGAGCUCAUCAAUUUUCUUUCUGGAAUUCUGCACCUGGCUGUGCAGGACAAGACCUCAGCAGAUUACAGUGUCGUUCCACCUUUUAAGAGGAUGGGAAAACACAGCAAUCUCUUGGUGCUAUCAAACCCGGAAUCUUUAAAGAGUUGGAGUAGGAAAACGUUGCCGCUGUCUGCCACACUGAACCUAAAGGAUGACCUUGAUGCAGAUCACUACAAGUUGUCUUGCGUGUCCACGUGCAUGGAGCUGCUAAACAGAUGCUGUGUGCUCUACAAGGACCUGGUUUGCUUCACUCACAUCUUCCAGCCAAUCAAAACGCUCCUCUUGCAACACAUCUCCUCUCAGUUAUUACCAGAGUCUUUAAGGGCACUUAAAGCUGAGAUCCUGGACACCCUGGGUGGACCGCCGCAAAUCCACAGCCGCUUGGUAUUCGAGAAGAAAAAGCCUGUCCCUUUGAAGCUAUUCACGCCCAAAAUUGUGGAAGUGUUAGACUAUGGGAAGAAGCGCGGCGUGACCAGAGAACAAAAGGAAGAGCACCGAUUGCGUCACAAGUACAAGAAAGAGUUCAAGGGAGCCCUGAGGGAGAUACGGAAAGACACUCGCUUCCUGGCCACCGAGAAACUUAACGACAUCAUGAGAAGAGACGCGGAGAGGAAGAGGAAAGUGAAGGAGCUCUUCGGCAGCUUGGCCACACAGGAGGGAGAGUGGAAGGCGCUCAAGAGGAUGAAGAGGAAGUGA